GCCCUGCCCCUGCCCACGCCCGCUGCAUAAAGGCCCAGCCCAGCCGGCCGCCACAGCCCACUGUCAGCCCAGAAGCCGUCCGUUCCGUUCCGCGCCACCAUGACGGGCGCCAGCUGCCACCUCCUGCUCGUGGUGUGCAUUUUACUGAGUCUCUCAGGAGCUGGAACCCAGAAGGCAGCGAACUGUGCCAGGUGGUGCCCUCCCAACUCAGAAUGUACCAGUAUCAGAAGCUGUAUCUGCAAGCCAGGCUUCAACUCUGAGAAGAAAAUUAUCACUAACCCUGCAGAGAACUGUGAAGACAUCAACGAGUGUUUGCUACCUGAAGUUUCCUGUGGAUCCUUUGCCACGUGUAAGAACUCAGAGGGGAGCUAUGCCUGCGUCUGUAACCCUGGAUACAAGCUCCUUUCUGGGGCAGAAUCCUUUACUAACCAGAGUGAGAACACAUGUCAAGCAUCGGUGGACACUGGGAUGACACGUGUGCCCUCCUGGAGCCACACAGUUACUACUGCGCCUGGAAAUCUCCCCGAGCAGCCAACUACAGUGCACCAGACGCAACUGGGAGACUCAGAAGAGAGGACGCCCAAGGAUGAGAAUGAAUGCGCCUCUGGGCAAAACCGCUGUCACCAAUCCACCCACUGCAUCAACAAGCUGAAUGGCUAUUCUUGCAUCUGUCGCCAAGGCUGGAAACCUGUUCCUGGAUCUCCCAAUGGCCCAGUCGACACAGUGUGUGAAGAUGUGGAUGAGUGCAGUUCUGGACAACAUCAGUGUCACAGUUCCACCAUCUGCAAUAACACCCUGGGCUCCUACAAGUGCCGCUGUCGCCCAGGUUGGAAGCCAAUUUCUAGGUCCCUUGAUGGGCCAAAGAACACCAUAUGCCAAGAACCAGCUUUCCCUACCUGGACACUGCUGCCCUCAGCCCACAGCCAGACUCUCUUGAGAUUCUCUGUCGAAGUCCAGAAUCUUCUCAGAGACUUCAAUCCAGCCAUGGCCAGCUACACCAUCCAGAAACUCAUUGAUGCUGUGGACAAGCUGCUGGGAGGCCCCCUGGAUCUAGAGACUCAAACCCAACAAGUAGCCACCCAGUUGCUCUCUAACCUGGAACAAAGCCUUCGGACCUUGGCCCAGUUCUUACCCAAAGGCCCCUUCACCUACACGUCCCCUUCAAACACUGAACUGUCCCUGAUGGUCAAGGAGAGAGACAACAAAGAUGUCACCACAGUGCAACACAGCCAAGCUUGGAUGAAGCUGGACUGGGCUGUGACAGCUGGAGCCAAAGGCUCAGAAAAUGGCUACUCAAUGGCCGGCAUCCUGUCCAGUCCAAACAUUAAAUCGCUGCUGGCCAACGCCUCCUUGGACCUGGAGCAGACGAGGGCCACCUUGGAGGACGUCUAUGGAAGCCCUGUCAGGAGAGUCUCACUUAGGUUGCUCUCAGACAUCAAUUCCAUCUUUCUGACCAACACGGACACUGAGAAGCUCGCCUCGAAUGUCACGUUCAAGCUCAACUUUACUUCUGCGGAGUCAGUUAAGGAGCGUGAAGAACUGAUGUGUGCCUUCUGGAAAGCCCGUGAGAACGGGAGUGGGUACUGGGCCACUGACGGCUGCUGGAUGAAUGACACAGGCUUCUGCCACUGCAAUCACCUGAGCAGUUUUGCCAUCCUAAUGGCUCAGUACGACGUGCAGGACCCACGGCUGGAACUGAUCACCAAGGUGGGGCUGCUGCUGUCCCUGGUCUGCCUGCUGCUGUGUAUCCUGACCUUCCUGCUGGUGAAGCCCAUCCAGAGUUCUCGAACCAUGGUGCACCUGCACCUGUGCAUCUCCCUUUUCCUGGGCUCCAUCAUAUUCCUGGUCGGCGUUGAGAACGAAGGGGGGAAGGUGGGCCUGCGCUGCCGCCUGGUGGCCGUGAUGCUACAUUUCUGCUUCUUGGCAGCCUUCUGCUGGAUGGCCCUGGAGGGCGUAGAGCUCUACUUCCUGGUGGUGCGUGUGUUCCAGGGCCAAGGCCUGAGUACAUGGCACCGCUGCCUGAUUGGCUACGGGGUGCCCCUCCUCAUCGUGGCCAUCUCAAUGGUGGCUGUCAAAAUGGAUGGCUAUGGGCAUGCGACAUACUGCUGGUUGGACUUCAGGAAGCAGGGCUUUCUCUGGAGUUUCUCGGGACCCGUGGCUUUCAUCAUUUUGUGUAAUGCUGCCAUUUUCGUGAUCACUGUCUGGAAGCUCACAGAGAAGUUUUCUGAAAUCAACCCAAACAUGAAGAAAUUAAAGAAGGCGAGGGUGCUGACCAUCACGGCCAUCGCCCAGUUCCUGGUGCUGGGCUGUACCUGGGGCUUCGGCCUGUUCCUCUUCAACCCCCAUAGCACAUGGCUAUCCUACAUCUUUACCCUGCUCAACUGCCUGCAGGGAGUUUUCCUCUAUGUGACGCUCUGCCUGCUCAACAAAAAGGUGAGGGAAGAGUACUGGAAAUGGGCCUGCCUGGUGACCGGAAGCAAGUACACGGAGUUCAACUCUUCCACCACAGGCACCGGCACCAGCCAAAGUCGGGCUCUCAGGCCCUCAGAAUCAGGGAUGUGAAGGCAGUUCCGAGAGGGACGGCAGCAUGUACUCAAGGCUGUCGUCACUUUGCCUUCUGUUCCGCCUUCCUCCCACCUUUGGCCCCGCUUCAGAUGAAGAAGGGACGUGAACCCAGCACUGAGUGCGCACAGCCAAGGGGCCACUGGCCCUGCUUCUGGUGGCCUCUGCCUCACCACAGCUACUGCCUACCAGAGAAACAGGGCAGACAGCCCAGACCUGCAGCCCACUGCGGCACAUGAGGCAGGCAGUCCUAGGACAAAGUGAAGGUCCCUGAGACCUGGACUCAGUUUCCUUAAGCUAAGACUGACGAUGCCACGGUGGCCACUGAGAUCUGCCUGCCGCUGAGGCUCACGGUACAGAGGCCUGGCUGCCCCACAUCCAGGGCAGACGGUCUCACAGUUAAAAGACUAGUUUUGUAAUUUUUUUUAACCUGUAAACCUUUCAAUGUUGACACAUAAAAUAAAAUAUCAUCCUGAUAAAAAA